AUGCUUGUGGCUGAGAGGCAAGUUAAAACCAUGGUUAACACCAAUGCAGCAAGAACUGCCGUUGGAAUAAUUGGAAAUAUCAUCUCUUUUGGGUUAUUCAUGUCUCCAGUACCUACAUUUAUAGCAAUAUUUAAGGCAAAAUCAGUGCAAAAUUUUAAGCCAGAUCCUUACAUUGCGACUAUAUUGAAUUGUGGAGUGUGGUUAUUCUAUGGUAUGCCCUUUGUAACACCAGAUAACACUCUUGUCAUCUCAAUUAAUGCGUUUGGGUUCUUCCUUGAAAUCUUCUACAGUCUCGUCUUCUUUAUAUACUCGAGCUGGGGCAAGAGGAGGAAGAUCCUCCUAAUCUUCCUUGGUGAAAUCAUCUUCCUUGCGUUACUGGUGUUUUUAGUGAUGACCUUUGUUCACACCCCGAAACAAAGAAAGGUGAUUGUUGGACCUAUCUGCAUAGUCUUCAACAUCCUUAUGUAUUUUGCACCCUUGACUGUCAUGAGACAAGUAAUUCGAACGAAGAGCGUCAAGUACAUGCCUUUCUUACUUUCAUUAGCCAACUUCGCCAAUGGAAUUGUCUGGACGAUCUAUGCCUUACUUAAGUGGGAUCCAUUCAUUGUGAUUCCAAAUGGCUUGGGAACACUUUCUGGGUUGACGCAGCUCAUCCUGUACGCCAUGUACUACCGAACAACCAAGUGGGACGAAGAUGAUAUGUCUAACCCGUGA